CCCAAGUUUAACAGUCCAGGCGGGAGCCGGAAGCCCGGCGCGGAGCGGGCAGAGCUGUGAGAUCCUCUGUUGUCCCGCCACGGAGAGGUGCAGUCAUGCAGGAAAACCUCAGGUUUGCUUCAUCAGGAGAUGAUAUUAAAAUAUGGGAUGCUUCAUCUAUGACAUUGGUGGAUAAAUUCAAUCCACACACAUCGCCACAUGGAAUCAGUUCAUUGUGUUGGAGCAGCAAUAAUAACUUCCUAGUGACAGCAUCUUCCAGUGGUGACAAAAUUGUUGUUUCAAGUUGCAAAUGUAAACCUGUUCCACUUCUAGAACUUGCUGAAGGGCAAAAGCAGACAUGUGUCAGUUUAAACUCUACGUCUAUGUAUUUGGUAAGUGGAGGCCUAAAUAACACUGUUAAUAUUUGGGAUUUAAAGUCAAAAAGAGUUCAUCGAUCUCUUAAGGAUCAUAAAGAUGAAGUAACUUGUGUAACAUACAAUUGGAAUGAUUGCUACAUUGCUUCUGGAUCACUAAGUGGGGAAAUCAUUUUGCACAGUGUAACAACUAAUAUAUCUAGUACACCUUUUGGCCAUGGUAGUAACCAGUCUAUUCGUCACCUGAAGUAUUCCUUGUUUAAGAAAUCACUACUGGGUAGUGUGUCGGAUAAUGGAGUAGUAACUCUCUGGGAUGUGAAUAGUCAGAAUUCAUACCAUAACUUUGACAGUACACAUAAAGCUCCAGCUUCAGGCAUCUGUUUUUCUCCUGUCAAUGAAUUGCUAUUUGUGACCAUAGGCUUGGAUAAAAGAAUCAUUCUCUAUGACACUUCAAGUAAGAAGCUAGUGAAAACCAUUGUGGCUGACACUCCUCUCACCGCCGUAGAUUUCAUGCCUGAUGGAGCCACUUUGGCCAUUGGAACUUCCCGUGGGAAAAUAUAUCAGUAUGAUUUAAGGAUGUUGAAAUCACCAGUUAAAACCAUCAGUGCUCACAAGACAUCUGUCCAGUGUAUAGCAUUUCAGUACUCUACUGCUCUUAGUAAGUCAAGUUUAAAUAAAGGCAGUUCAAAUAAGCCCACGGCAGUGAACAAACGAGCUGUUAACGUGAGCAGUGCUAGCGGAGGAGUUCCGAAUUCUGGAAUUGCUAGAGAAGCACCCGCCACUUCCAUUGCCACAGUCCUACCACAACCCAUGACCACGGUUGUGGGGAAAGGGACAGUUGCUGUUCAGGAGAAAGCAGGUUUGCCUCGAAGCAUAAACACAGAUAUUUUACCUAAGGAAACAGAGAGUGGAAAGAAUCAGGAUUUCUCCAGUUUUGAUGAUACUGGGAAGAGUAGUCUGGGUGACAUGUUCUCACCUAUCAGAGAUGAUGCUGUAGUUAACAAGGGAGGUGAUGAAUCCACAAGCAAAGGAGAUGGCCUCGACUUUCUACCACAGUUAAACUCAGUGUUUCCUCCAAGAAAAAAUCCAGUAUCUUCAGGCAGUUCAGUAUUACAUUCUAGUCCUCUUAAUGUUUUUAUGGGAUCUCCAGGGAAAGAAGAAAAUGAAAUUCAUGAUCUGACAGCUGAGUCUAAGAAAACGUAUCUGGGAAAACAGGAACCUAAAGAUUCAUUCAAACAGUUUGCAAAGUUGAUCUCCCCUGGUGCUGAGACUGGAAGUCUAAAUGCUUCUCCAUCAUCUAACCAAACAAGAAAUCUUGAGAAAUUUGAAAAUCCAGAGAAAGAAAUUGAAGCCCAGUUGAUAUAUGAACCCCCAGUUAACGGAACCUCAACUCCAAAUCCAAAGAUAGCAUCCUCUGUCACUGCUGGAGUUGCCAGUUCACUCUCAGAAAAAAUAGCUGAUACCAUUGGAAACAAUCGGCCAAAUGCACCAUUGACAUCUGUACAAAUCCGUUUUAUUCAGAACAUGAUACAGGAAACACUGGAUGACUUUAGAGAAGCAUGCCAUAGGGACAUUGUGAAUUUGCAAGUCGAGAUGAUUAAACAGUUUCAUAUGCAGCUGAAUGAAAUGCACUCUUUGCUGGAAAGAUACUCAGUGAAUGAAGGUUUAGUGGCUGAAAUUGAAAGACUAAGAGAAGAAAACAAGAGACUACGGGCCCACUUUUGAAAUUUCAGUGAAUGCCUUAAUGUUUUGUAAUUUGUUAAGUUUUGGGCAACACAGAACUACAUAGAAUGAGUAUUGGUUUCAUGACCUCUAGAAGGAAUUUUUUUUCAAGUAAAAGGUUGAUAGGAUUUUACAGCAACCAUUUCAUUUUCUUUGUUAAAAAUAUUUAUAUUUUUAUAUUAAAAGCUGGACAAUAUCUCAUUUGCCUAAUAGAAAAGUCAACAGGAUCUUUAUUUUCUGAAAGCUUUAGCUAUGCACUAAGUGCCCUUUAUCCUAAAACAAGAGAAUUGUGCAUAAAAAUAGGUUAUGUAUGUCUUUUAAUCACUUUUUUUAACAGAUGUAUUUUUUGAUUGACAGAUUUUCUUCCACAUUUUUGGGGUAUUUCAAGUUUAAAGAGUUUGAUAUGUCUUCUAUUUUUAUAGAGAUAGUAAUUUUAAAAUGGCAAUUGGUGUUUUAAACCACUGAUUAAUAAAACACAGUGUUGAUUAUUAUUUCAUUAACUUCAUGAGGUCAAGUAAAACUAUUAUUUAUUACUUGUGAUAAGGUAAUUUUAAAAAUUUUGAAUUACUCAAAUUACAUUCUGUCUUUUGUGUGUGUUGCUUUAUAGUACUUUUGACAACCCUGUACUCUGAUUGGUAAUUUUCAGCUAACUCUACUUAUGAAAAUCUCUUAAGAAUUUGUAAGAGUCAACAAGGCCGAUAUAUCUGCUGAUUCUCUCAUGAAUUCAUAACAUGCAAAAUUAUGCUAUGAAGUUUCCAUCAAUAUGACUCAGUCAGUAAUCAUUGAAAAUUUCAUGUUAGAUACUAAAUAUUACAGUGUUAUUGCCAUGUUUUUCUCCCAAGUGAGAAGUGUAGAUUGUUUUGUUUUAUGGUUUGUAUCAUUAACCUUAAUUUUUUGCUGUGCAUAAUAUUUCUAUGUUAUUGGCCUUGCCAUAAAAUUAUUUAUAAAGGCUAAUUGUCAAAAGAAUUUACACCUCUUUGGCAAGAGAUGGAUGUGAACAUCUAUCUGCUGUGAUCUGUAGUUUUAGGAGGGCUACUGACUUGUUUACCUUUUUGUUGUCUCUUGUCCCAAAGAUUUAAACUAUGUACCUUGUAUAUAGCUCUCCUAAUUUUUGGAUUUCUGGGAGGAAAAUAAUUAAAUUGAAAGAAAAAAACUAGCUUAGCUUACUAACUUUAUAGCUUUCCAAAGUGAUGGAAAGUUUUGAGGCUAUAUCUAAUAAAUGUAAACAUACUAAUAAUUUCUUUCAAAAAUAAAAUCAGGAAUGUUACUUUUUUCCAGUGUGCCCCGGAGAACACAUUUGCAUUAAAACAUAUAGAGAUGUUAAUGUAAAUCUUUUCCUGGCAAUUAUGAAGGCAAUAUGACUUGUAACAAGUUUUUCUAUAUAUCAGCAUCAAACAGGUUUAGAAGACACAAAUAUUAGUGUAUUUCACCUACAUGCUGUAUUUAAAUCUAUUAAUAUUUUCUUACUGCCUUUUCUAUAAAUGCACAUAAUGUGUAUUAAAGGAGGUGAGAUAAGUAAAACAAUGUUAGUAAUUUUAUGUGUAUAUAUGAACCAUUUUUGUCUGGAAUUUAAAAGCUGCCUAAGUACAAAAAUAAAAUUUUUAU